CUGCCGUCAGCGCCCCCGUGUCGGCGACCCCUCCCCGCUGACCUCACCGGCGACGCCGCCGCCUCCUCGGGCGCAUAUAAGCGGCGGUCGCGCCGAGGAGCCCGCAGCCCGCGCCGGCGACCCCCGGACCCCGGACGCGCCAGAACCCAGAAGCCACCAUGCAGGGCCCCUGGAUGAUGGUCGUCUUGGCCCUGGCGCUGGCCGGUGUCCCUGGCCGUGCUCAGCCUGAGGUGGCCCAGCAGGAGGUGGGGCUGGCCGAGCCCCCAGACCUGGCAGAACUUUUGCGCCAGGCAGAACACCUCUUGCUCCUCCGGGAAGACCUUCUGCAACUGCAUGCAGACCAGGGCGACGCUGAAUCUGAGUUCCAGAUCUCUCAGCCCCGCUGGGUCUCCAAGCGGCAGCACCCGGGCAAAAGGGAGGCGGCCGAGGAGGAAGAAGGAAUGGCAGAGGAAGAGGAGGAAGAAGCAGGUGCUGUGGGACCCGUCAAGCGCCAGCACCCUGGCCGGCGGGAAGAUGCCCCCGCAGGGUCCGUGGACGCCCCCCAGCAGAAGCGCCAGCACCCUGGCCGGCGGUCCUCCUGGCUCAGGGACAUGGUCACCAAAAGGCAGCACCCCGGUCGUCGGCUGGCGGAGCUCCAGGCCCAAGAAGGAGCCGAGAAGGAAGAGGAGGAGGGGGAGGAGGAGGAGGGGGAGCGGGGGACGGAGAAACGCCAGCACCCGGGCAAGAGGGCCCUGGGCGGCGCGUGUGGGCCCUGGCGGGCCUGCGGACAAGCCCGCCUCCUGCUGGGGCUCCUGGCGGGCCUGGGUCGGGACGGGGUUGCCGAGAGCAAGAGGCAGCACCCAGGCCGGAGGGCAACCCUGCAGGCGUGA